CUCCGGGUCGAGAGCAAGUCAAAUCUUCCCCGUUCCCCCCAAGAGAAACCCUAACCCUAACCGCGCCAUGGAUCUCCUCCAGUCCUCGUACACGCCGGACGAGGAGGAGGGCGACGAGGAGCGGCCCCUCUCCUCCCCGGACGCCUCCCCGCUCCGCCUCCCCUCCAAGUCGGCGGCCCCCUCCGUCGACGACACGGCGCUCGCGCUCUCCUCCGCCGCCGCCUCCACCUCCCGCCCGCUCGACCCCUCGCUCCAUCUCGUGCCCUUCAACCCCACCGCCGACCAGCUCUGGGCGCCCGUCCUCGGGCCCCAGCACCCCCACGCCCCCAUCUCCUCCGCCUCCGGCAACCGCAACCACAAGCUCGGCCACGUCGAGGACGCCGCGGUCCUCCCCUUCCUCUUCGACGAGCAGUACAACACCUUCCACCGAUUCGGGUACGCCUCUGACCCCUCUGGCCUGCACAUCGUCGGCGACUCCCAUCCCCCGGCGGCUGAACCCGACACCGUCUACAACCUCGCCCCGUCGGAGCACAAGCGCCGCCGCCUGCAGUCCAAGGCGGAUGACGCCGAUCAAGAGCCCCUGCCGCCGGAGGCCAAGAACCCGGCGUCCGACGAGUGGAUCCUCCGCAACAAGCAGAGCCCCUGGGCUGGCAAGAAGGAGGCGCCGCCUGCAGAGCUCACUGAAGAGCAGCGCCAGUAUGCAGAGGCGCACGCCGCCAAGAAGGCCGAGAAGGAGGCGCGUGGCGAAGGGAAGGGCGAGAAGUCCGACAUGGUUGCCAAGAGUACUUUCCAUGGGAAGGAGGAGAGGGAUUACCAAGGGCGGUCUUGGAUCACCCCGCCCAAGGAUGCCAAGGCCAGCAACGAGCGCUGCUAUAUUCCCAAGAGGUGUGUGCACGAGUGGGUUGGGCACACCAAGGGGGUCUCGGCAAUCAGAUUUUUCCCCAAGUAUGGACAUCUGUUGCUGUCUGCGAGUAUGGAUUGUAAGAUUAAGAUCUGGGAUGUGCUUGAGUCGAGGACAUGUAUGCGGACGUACAUGGGGCACUCCAAGGCGGUCAGGGAUAUAUCGUUCUCGAAUGAUGGGUCUAAGUUCUUGAGUGCUGGGUAUGACAGGAAUAUACAGUAUUGGGAUACUGAGACAGGGCAGGUGAUCUCGACCUUCUCUACUGGCAAGGUCCCUUAUGUAGUGAAGCUCAACCCGGAUGAGGAUAAGCAGCAUAUUCUCCUUGCUGGGAUGAGCGACAAGAAGAUUGUUCAGUGGGAUAUGAAGUCAGGGCAGAUAACCCAAGAGUACGAUCAGCAUCUGGGAGCGGUGAACACCAUCACUUUUGUAGAUAAUAACAGGAGGUUUGUGACAUCAAGUGAUGACAAGUCACUUCGUGUCUGGGAGUUCGGCAUCCCAGUGGUGAUUAAAUAUAUCAGUGAGCCACACAUGCACUCUAUGCCGUCAAUAUCCCUGCACCCAAAUUCCAACUGGUUGGCAGCACAGAGCUUGGACAAUCAGAUACUGAUAUACAGCACCAAGGAGAGGUUUCAACUUAACAAGAAGAAGAGGUUUGCAGGCCACAUUGUGGCAGGUUAUGCUUGUCAAGUGAACUUCUCACCAGAUGGGAGGUUUGUCAUGUCAGGAGAUGGUGAAGGUAGUUGCUGGUUCUGGGACUGGAAAAGCUGUAGGAGAUUUAAGACAUUGAAGUGCCACAAUGGAGUUUGCAUUGGAUGUGAGUGGCAUCCCUUGGAGACUAGCAAGGUUGCAACAUGCGGAUGGGAUGGUGUAAUUAAAUAUUGGGAUUGAAGUUCCGGAAAUGUAAUGAGAAAGGUUGCUCAAGAAUGCCGUGGUCCUGUGGAUGAGUUCUUGACAAUGCAACUCACAAGGACCGAACUUCAGGAGAUGCUGGAAGUACACCUGCCUAUCUAGCGAACUUCAAUGUCAUGAGGUGAAAACUAUCCCAUGAUUUUAGCUACCGGGUAGCUCUCUGUGCUUGCAAAAAGAAUGUAUUGUACUAUGCUAUGUAUACAUACUGCACCAAUCAAUUUUGAAGUGUACCUUACUAGUAGUAAUCUUGUUUUGGUUUCAGCUCUUUUAUUAAUCCAAACUUUUGCGGUAGCUGAGAACAAGGCUUGAAUACCAGAUUUUAUUAUAGCAA